AAAUAUAAACUUUUUUAUUAUUAUUAUUAUUAUUAUUGCACAUAUACUGUUAUGACCAGUCAAUCACCACCUUUAAGGUCCUUUCAAUGGCCAGCACCCGUUUCUCCAACCGACAUUUCCGUCAAGGAAAUCAUUGAGAAGUAUUAUCCCCACGAUAAGGAGCUACUCAAACAUGCCUUAAUGGCUAAAGUAGAAGAAGACAAAAAACAAACAGCUCAGGAUGUAUUAAAGACCGAAAUGACAAGAAUUCAUCUUCGACAAUUGGAUCUUGAAGUCAUGAGAGAACAGAGUAGAUUAACGGGCGUUCGUUCUGGGUAUCAUCCUCCUCCUUCUUCUUCAACUACUGGGUAUUAUAGCCUAGCUCCAGUUCAACAACAAGUAUUGGCUCGUAUCACUGCCAAUCAACCUUCAUCACCUGUGGUCUAUCCACAUUCAGCUCAUCCAUUAUGUAUACCUGAUAACCGACUUAACCCACCACGACAAUACGCUCAACAUCUUCAAUUACCUACAUCGCAACAACAACCUACGACCCCCAUCUCUCCUAACCACGAUUAUGAUUUCCAACGAAAGCGAGUGAGAGGAUCGAUUACAGAGGAAGAGAAAUUGAGUCAUAAUAAAGUGAUGGAAGCCUUAAAGGCCAAGAUCCAAAGAGGGAGUCAUUCACCACUGACGACGGUGGCACCUAGUUCGGCAUUUCGACCAACGACGAUACAUGAGAAUAAUAAAAGACAACGAACGUUACCGAAACCUACCGUGAUUGCUACCACAACAGAGUUACAACCUUCAACACCUUCACCUCGUUCUGCUAAACCCAUUUUACCACCGAUUGAUACGACGAUUGGACGCAUACCUACCACUCAUUUACCAUCUCAUCCACUUAUAUCUCCCAUCAAAAGCUCAACUCCUCCAGCUCUGACCACCACCACAACAACGACCACUAUUACUACUUUACCCGCGCGUGAUACUUUUGUAAAUUCUGAAUAA